AUGUCAAGCCACGAUGGCGACAUGAGUUCAGGAUACCUGUGCAUCUCCCUCUCUCUCACACUCACCCUCUCCCUCUCUCUCUCACUCACCCUCUCCCUCUCUCUCUCACUCACCCUCUCCCUCUCUCUCUCACUCACCCUCUCCCUCACCCUCACCCUCUCUCUCACCCACUCACCCUCUCCCUCUCACUCACACUCACCCUCUCUCUCACAAUCACCCUCUCUCUCACACUCACCCUCUCCCUCUCUCACACUCACCCUCUCCCUCUCUCACACUCUCCCUCUCUCACCCUCACCCUCUCUCUCACCCUCUCCCUCUCUCUCUCACUCACCCUCUCCCUCUCUCUCACCCUCUCCCUCUCUCUCUCACUCACCCUCUCCCUCUCACUCACACUCACCCUCUCCCUCUCACUCACACUCACCCUCUCCCUCUCUCACACUCACCCUCUCUCUCACCCUCUCCCUCUCUCUCUCACUCACCCUCUCCCUCUCUCUCUCACUCUCCCUCUCUCUCUCACUCACCCUCUCCCUCUCACACUCACACUCACCCUCUCCCUCACACUCACCCUCUCCCUCACACUCACCCUCUCCCUCACACUCACCCUCUCCCUCACACUCACCCUCUCCCUCACACUCAACCUCUCUCUCUCACACUCACCCUCUCCCUUACACUCACCCUCUCCCUUACACUCACCCUCUCCCUCACACUCACCCUUUCCCUCUCUCUCACACUCACCCUCUCUCUCUCACCCUCUCUCUCUCACCCUCUCCAACUCUCUCUCACACUCACCCUCUCUCUCACACUCACCCUCUCUCUCACACUCACCCUCUCUCUCACACUCACCCUCUCUCUCACACUCACCCUCUCACACUCACCCUCUCCCUCACCCUCUCUCUCACACUCACCCUCUCCCUCACACUCACCCUCUCUCUCACACUAACCCUCUCCCUCACACUCACCCUCACACUCACCCUCUCUCUCUCACACUCACCCUCUCCCUCACACUCACCCUCUCCCUCUCUCUCACACUCAUCCUCUCCCUCUCUCUCACACUCACCCUCUCCCUCUCUCUCACCCUC